GAUGGACCUGAACUUUGAUAACAUAAUCAGAUCUGUGAAGGAGGCCUCAAAGAGGCUCACCUGGGAGGCCAUCAACAGCAGCUCCAUCACUUGUGACUCAGCAAGUGAAGCCAGCUUCUCUUCAGGGACGUCUUUCUCCCCUGCUAGCGAUUAUUCCCUCACUUCAACUUUGGGGAGCCAAGCCAGCUCUUUUUCAGGGGAGUCUUUCUCCUCUUUCACUGAUGGAGAAGGUCUGGCUCAAGGCUCUAGAGUGCAGCCUGUCCUCACGUAUCCCCGGCCUAGCCAGGAGAAGCAGCAGGACCUGGCGACUCGCCCACCUGGCAGGGAAGUGGGGGCCAGCUGCCACAUGGCUGGCAGUGGCCUGCAGCAGCAGCACUUUCAGGCCCACCUGAGUGUUCCCCCCCGAUGCCCAAAGGUGCUGGCCUUCCACGUCAUGGAAACGGAGACAACUUUCUUGUACCCUGAUGCCCAAGAAGACCUGGAGGAGCGUGUCCGGAAAAAGAAACUUGAGAUGCACCUGGGGCUGCCGGCUGCUAUCUGCAAAUCCCUGCACGCUGACCUGUCCUGGCCUCCUAGCCCACCACCACUGCCUGCAAAGCCAGACACGGAGCAGGUUUCCAGCAUGCAGAGGCAAACCUUCCCAGGCAAAGCCGAGUUCAGUGCUGUGGAGUUGGAUUUCAGCUGGAAUGGCAAGGAGAGCUUGGAGUGUCUCAUCCAGGAAAAGGAAUGGCAGCAGGAAGCAGGCCUGUCAGCCAGUCUGGGUGAACCUCAGCAGGAGUUGCCAAGCUCAGCUCCUCGAACACCUCAGUGGCAUGCUGAGCCUGAUGAGGUGGUGGUUCCCAGUGUGCAGGAGCUGCCCUUCCUCAACAACACUGUCAAAAAGCAGCUAGAGCUGCACAUCAGCAGAUAAAACAGCGUGUUGGGCCGCCAGCAAGGAUCCCGGCCUGCAAGAAGGUUGCGGCCCCUGUCGCAGGGCAAAAAGCCUCCCAGCCUCCCCCUCCACACAGAGGUGCUGGGCUGCCAUAUCACUCCCCCUUGCAGCACUGGACCAGGCAUGCUCAGACCAGGUGCUCUGCAGAAGAGCCCCCAGGCCCCAAGCAGGAGAAGAGCAGGUGUCCCACAUCUCCCAUGAUGAGAGAGCAGAGACUCAGCUCUCAGAGCAGGAGGCAGCCAGAGGAAGAGAGCCCUGAAAAGGAAGAGGCUACAGACCUUGUCAUGGCAUGCCUGGGACAGCAGCAGGGUCAAGCCUGCUCUGCUCCACGUGCUUUCCUGAGAGCAGCACAGGAGAUGUCUUGGAAGGACAAGGAGGUAUCAGCCUGGAAAAGAGAGCGUGGGGGAACAGCCAGCAGCAGCAAGGACACUGAGGAGUCCCUGCUGGCCACCAGCAGGAGGGAUCAGGGUCCUGGGACACAAGGGGAUGUGCGCAGCCCUUGCCCUCCCAGCCAGGCAGAGCAGGCGUUGCUGCAGAGCAAGGGAGCUCACCAGGGGCAAUUGUGGCAGUCCCAUGAGAGCUGGAGCAGCUCCAGUGAGGACAUGAGGACACCAGAGCUGCCAUCAAAGAAGAGUGUCCCCCAGGAAAAACACGGCCAGU